AUGAAUACAAAUAGCAUUUACAAUAUAUUAGGUACAUUAAAUUCCACAAAACUAAGAGAAAAGAAAGACGCUUUAGAUGAAUUAACUAGUUUACUAAAGCAAGAUCCGGGCUUAAUAGAGAAUAAGAUUUUACAAUCAGUGGCAGAAAGUCUUAUUGAAUUAUUAGAUUUAGAGCAAAGAAAAUAUUGUAAUUUAUUGAAAUCAUUUAAAGAAGGCAAUCAUGAAAUUUCGAACAAAUUAAGACUGUGUGAAGAUCGAAUUUCUUUUGAAGCCUACGUAAUUCGAUUAUUUAUUGAAAAGACAUGUAAUCGUUUUAAACAAAAGACAUUGAAUUUUUUAUUGGUUGCAUUACCAGAACUUAUUAUAAAUAAUGAUACAGGUGAGUUAUUAGCUGAAAUAGCAACACAUUUAACUAUUUCCAUUAAUGAUUUGGUGCGCAGUGAACCUUUUAUUUUUAAAUUUAUCGAAUCAAAAUGGAUCGAAAUAAUGGAUAAACUUACACAUUUCUUACAAAAACAAAUUGAUUUAGAACAUUUGAAUGAUAGGAUCACAACAAAUAUUUUAGAAACAGUAUGUUCAUUAUUAGCACUGGAUACAUCUGGAAUUCAACAUAUUUCAAAUUUAUCUGAUGUUAUUAUAAAAUUAUUAAGGUUGUCAAUCAAUCACGACACAAACACUAAAGCAAUACUAAGAAUUGCUAAUACAUUAAUAAUUACAAGACAUUCUAUAGAUCUAGUGAAAACACUUCAGUUAAUUCAGGAAUUAUUACGUUAUUUAAUAGUAUUUAAUGAAUCCAAAAACAAAAGCAUACAAAAUGAACUGACAUUGUUUGAUUAUUGUGCAAGUGAGCUUAUCAGUACAAGUAUUUUUCAGAUGGAUUCAAUAAUGCAAGUGGCCAAUAUUCCAUCACAAGAGUCUAUUAUUCUUUUAUUAAAAGAAUAUAUGAUGUUAAGAUUAAGCAGAUUUAAACCCCAAUUAUUUUCCACAAACGUUGUUCAAUUCAAUACAUUAGGGAAUGUUAAGAAUAAUGACAUCGAUGGUAAGUAUAUUUAUGUGUGUGAUGAAAAUCACUUCUUCGAAUGGAUUAGGCUACAAUCAUUGGUGAAACUCUUGUUGACAUAUUUUUCUAACAUAAAUGAAGAUCGAAGUUAUCUUUUUAACAACAAAAGGACACGAAUUGUGGAUGAUGUCAGUCCCAUUUUACGUACUUGUACUGAUUUAUCACAAUUUAUCUUAAAUUGCAUAGACUUCAACUCCUCUCCUGCUAUUUUUACACUUGGGUGUCAACUUUUAUUCUGUUUCGCUAUAUAUUAUGAGAUAGACUUUCUAAAUGGGAACAAAUUCAAAGACAAGCUUAUACACAUAUUAGAAAGUGAUCAAUAUAAUAUUUGGGUACUGUAUGCAUUGAUUCCAUUAAUUUCCAAUAAGAAUACUGAAUUCCUUGAGGAUGAUAUAACUAAAAUUUUUAAAAUAUCUUUAUCUCUAGUUAAAUCAGAUGACUUUGGUAAAGUAGCCUGCCUUUUAAUUGUGCAUUUAAUUCAAUAUUUACCUCAUAUUAUUUCUGAGCAAAAACUCGUAAACGAUAUUAUUGAUAUGUAUGAAUAUUCUGAAAUAAAUGGGCCAAAUUUUCUUUCUACUGAAAGUUUUGAAUUCUGGAUAUGCUUGCAUACUUAUGGUUCAAAUAUUGCAAUGUCAACAGAAUUGGACAUAAUUACCAGACUUGUAAAAUGGUUAGACUCUAAAUGGCCAGAUUAUUCUGGUACACCAUGUAGUAAUGAAAUGUUAAGUAUUUUUAUUGCUUGGUUGUCAGGGCAGUCUAUCGAUCAAUAUUUUUUAAGUUACAAAGUUAGAACAAAUUCAAAACUUCAACAAGGUUAUCUCUAUUAUUCCUUAAAACGUUGGAAUGAUCAAAAAAAUACAACUAACUUCUUAACUCUAUCAAAGUUAAGAAGUUUUUGUUCAAGAAAAUCAAAAUGCACAACAACUAUUGGUUCUAUUGAGAGAAAACAGCCAAUUAUGCAACAGUUUUUGGAUAAUAUGUUGAAUUAUGUAAAAUCCCAGUGUUCCAAAUUUGAUGAAAAAUUGAUAGACUCCGGCAUUACUCUUCUGCUUAUAUUUGAUAAACUUUAUAAUAUAUCUUUAAAUUCAAGCUUUCGUACUAAAUGUCAAGAAACAUUAGAUUAUAUUUUCAAAUCAAAACUUCUAAUGACUCAGAAGGGUUUAAAUGUUCUCUUCUCAAACUUUGCGUUGUAUCAGUUUCAUAACAUUGCUGGUUUUUGGCCAAAAUAUUUGAUUUUCGUAUAUACAAGUUUGCUUUAA